AUGUCUGCAGCCCAUGUCGCUGCUGCAGCUUUCCCAGCUAGCAACAACAACAAACCCGCCAUGGCAAGCAUAUCGGAAUCUCGACCGCCCUCACCCAGUGCUCUGCCUCCAAUCCCCAGUUCACCAACUUAUUCCUACGCUUCAACAAGCCGACCUAUACCCUCUACCUUCAAUCUUCCACCUCCCCCACCUCCCCAGUCUCCCCAUGCAGUUCUCACAAAGAACGACCUCGAAGCGUCGCAGACCGCCUACUCCGAAAUUCUCUCCUCAGCAAAAGCCUAUAGACUAGCACUUGCUGUCCUCUCUUCCUCCGCCUCCACCUUCGGUUCCGCUCUCGAAGCAUGUGCACGUCUGAAGGAGGCACGCUCGCCUUCCAUUCAGAGCUCGGGCAGCAUGUCGAAUAGCUUUACCGUCCAUGGAAACCCAGGCGGAUCCAACUGUACCGCGGAUACACUCCUAGCAGCUAGCGGCGUACAUCAUCUGAUAGCAAACCACCAGCAGAUCCUCAGUGAGACGGUAUAUAGAAAUUUCGAGGUACCUUUGCUGAGUGAGUUGGAUCAAUGGCGUCGGCGGAUGGAGGAGGAGGAAGAGCGGUAUCAGAAGGAGGCAAAGAUUAUGAGUCGGGAUAUCAGGAAAAUGGAGAAGGAGGGGCUACGAUUGCAUGGGAAACGCAAACGAGAUGUGGGGGCUUUCCGGGAACAUCUUGUGAAACUUACACAAAAACUAGAUGGGUUGACGUCUUUGCAUGGCGGUCAUGCACGUGGAUUGCUGCGGGAAGGCCAGGAAAUGAGUCUGGGAAUUUUGGAAUGUUCUGCGGGGUUGGUCCGCGCGGAAGUCGAUAUUUUCGAGGCGUUGGCUAGGAAGGGUUGGACAGGUGGGGGCUUGGAUGAGUUGCUUGAGCGGGGACGGGAUCUUUUUGCGAAUGAGGUAGAUGGGAAUGAGCACGCAAACUCACAAUCGAAAAUUUUCAGUAUUCUGCCGAACAAGAGUAUCCUCCCGGAUCCAAAUCAAGACUCACAUACUUCUAGACCACAUCUCAGAGCAAACGAUCACGCAAGAUCCGAUAGUCUUCUGGUGGACGGACAGGGAUAUCAAAGUCUAGCUGGUGCAGUAUCCGCCAAUGAUAGGAAAGACUCAGAUAUGCGAAGUAUAUUUUCGGAAGGAGGCACGAAUUGGUCUCGGACUGAUUCAACGGGAAUCUUGAACAGAUCCAGAGGCGUGAGGCCCUUUUCUCCUCCGCCUAGGGAUCGAGAACCUGUCAAGGAUUGCGAAAAUCCUUUGGAUUUACCAAAACCUCUGGAUUUGGGACUUGCUACCCCUGCAGAUAUGAAGGACAGGAUUGAAGAGGAAGAUGAGCACGAGAACGUCACGUCUUCUGGUACGCUAGAAGCAGAGGCAGUCAAGGAUGAAGAUGGGGAAAUUGUAAAUCCCGAAGGAAGCAAAGGGGCGACGGCGAGAAUGAGUGUAAGUGAUGAUUCUGCAGCUGUGAGUUCUCAGGAUAAGUGGGGUUCAACGAAUGAGACUGGUGCUGGUGCGGCGUCUGAUUAA